AUGGGCGAGAAAGAGAAAAUCGUCGCUGCGAUCACCGACUCUCCGAAGCCGCCGCCGGAGCGGAUAACGCUGACGCUGCCCGUGCUGAACGCCGCGCGGAUGGUGGCGUUCGUGGCGACGGGGGAGGGCAAAGCUGCCGUUCUCAAGCGCAUUUUGGAAGGCGACGAGGAAAACCCCCUCCCCGCCGCUCGCGUCCGGCCUCGCUCCGGGCAGCUGCGCUGGUUCCUGGACGCGGCGGCGGCCAAGGAGCUGACCAUCCCCGUCGACAACCAUUCCGUCCCCGUCGGCGGCUCCUUCCUACCUGUUUUUUUGCAUGUCCGCGUGCGCAGCGGUAAAGUUUUGGCUUUCGGUCCUGUCCUGUCGACGUCCGCUGCUUUCGGAGCAGCGAAGAAGGCGCUGAGAUCGCGCGGCGUCCAACGAUAUCUGUUGGCGCCGCAGGAAAGGAACGGCGUUCCUGCGCUGACGGGCGAAGAAGCCGAGUCGCAAGAGGCAGAUGACUUUUACGCGCGGCGCUUCCCCGUCCCUCGCGACGGCGUCUGCCGGAGCCGCAGAGCCAACGGCAGCCGGAGCGCGGGCGAUUCCACCUUCAUCGGCGACGUACGCGGGGUUCUGGCUCGUUCCCGCUGUCCGCAGUCGGCGCUAGCGCGGCCUUCCCGGGGGCGCGCAGGAGAGAAAAAACGCGAACUCAAACCAGCGAGCAGCCUCCUGCGGGAGGAGGGCACCCCCCCCGAAACGGGCUCCGGUCCGGCUCUGCCCGCAGGUCGCGCCGACGCCGCCGUGAAGAACUUCGUGCCCUAUUACCGGAGGCAGCUGGCGACCGCCCUUCUGAGACGGGUCUCGGGGGAGCUGGACCCCCAGAGCAAACCGGCCCUGCAGCUCCUGCCGAGCCAGCUCCGGGGGCCGCCCGACGCCGCUCUGCACGAGGGGUCGCUCUCCCAGUACGACGGCGAUUCCCACAGCUGGCAGGAGAGUUACUUCGUUCUGCUCGGAGAUUUCACCCUGCAGUGGUUCGAAAGCGAAGAGGCCCUGAGGAAAGGCUGCGAGCCCAGAGGCUCGACCGCUCUCUCUGGCUACCUGCUGCUGUCUUCGCCGAGCGAAUACGCCGAGUCGCUCGCCCGUCUGUGCCAAGGGCUCGCGGGUGGCAGCCCCUUCGCCGACGCGCCGGGAGAGUUUCUCUUUUUCCUCUACCAUCCCUUCCGGAGGCAAUUCUGCUUCUGCGCGGGCUCGGCGGGAUCGCGGCGGAUCUGGAGGGCCGCUCUUCGGGACGGCAUUCGCUACCGCAGCACGGAAUUACAGAGGAGGGAUUCUCUGGAAGCGGAGGCCUUCCUCGAGGCUGUGCGGUUUUACAGGCAAGAGAGAGGCCGCUACGGGGCAGGGGAUCUUCUCCUGGGGCCGGAACCCGAGAUCCUCGGAAACGUGCUAAUGGAGGAUCUGCUGCCGGUGCUGCGCUCUCAGGUGCUCCCGAGCAUCAGAGGGUCAGAAAGGAGGCGGCAGCAGCUGUGGCUCCAGGUGAAUUCCCUGAAAGUCGCGGUCGUGCCGGCACACGCGGUGGCGACCGGCGUGCUCAGGGGGAGAGCGGAGCGUCGGUUUCUCCAGGAGGUUUACACCCUGAUCCUCAGCGAAAUCUCCGGUGAAUUCGAAGCUUUUCAGAAGGAGAAGGAAAAACUACAGAUUGAGCUGGAGAAGAAAAUUCGCCCCGACCUGGAUCAGAUGCUGACUCUGAAGGAUCAGAUAGCCAGCAAACUCCAAGCUGUGGUGCGGGGCCCGGCGGAGUCGUGCUGCGGCCGGGACGUGGAGCCUCACCUGGGCUGCGUGAUGGAGGAACUGAUGCGUCCCGUCAGCGCGGGCGUCGAGGCGGUUCGCUCGCUCUUCGCCCAGAGAGUCGAUGAGAUGAUCGGGCGCGUCCGGAGCUCUCCCAUCGUCACCCUGCAGAAAGAGGUAACGGCGGGAACGGGACGGCAAAGGCGGCCGCGCUCCUCCAGCCCCACCGUUGUGGGCGCGGGACCGAUUCCCGAGGUGCCGUCGUCGUUGCGCUGCCGCAGCUCCUUUGAAUCGGUGCCGAAUCCCGGCAGGAAGGUUCUCGCGGGGUUGAGCUUUAUUAAGCGCCGACUCUCGGCUGCUGGGGGGAUGUCGGAGGGCGCUUUUUGCUCGCGCUCGUUCCCGGACUCCUGA